AUGUCAACUCAGGCAUAUGGUUUUAAAGAUUGGGAUCCAAUGAAAGAUGACUAUAAUGACUCACUAUAUGAUGCCCAAUAUGCUGAUGAGAAUACUGAGUCAGGAGUACAGCUGGACCAUAGCAAACUCUACAUAACAAAUAUACCACAGACCUUAAACGAAGAAGGUCUUAAGCUUGUAUUCACCAAAUAUGGAAGUGUCAUCAAACUAUAUAUGUCGCGAGACCCUAAGAAGAGAUAUGCAUUGGUCAUCUAUGAAUCUCCUAGUGAAGCAAAGCUGGCGAUGAUUAAGCUAAAUAGAGCAGAGCCUUUGAAGCUAAAUGUAUCUAUAGCUCAUAAGAAAAACAACCAAAGCGAUGAUUAUAAGGACCGAAGCGCUCGCCCCAGUGCCUCAUACAGUCGUCCGUCGUUUACGAAGGACAAGGAAGACACCAGCAGCAUAAGCAGUAAAGUAGUGUAUAAUCAAAAUCGGAAUAUGAUGGACAAUGAUGAAGAUUAUGAUGACGAUGAUGGGAGUUUGACUUUGGAUGCUGAAUUGCAUCUGGAGUUGACCCAUUUGAAAUUGGAAGAGCUGGCAUUGCAGAAACAAGAGCUAAAGUAUCGGCAGCAGCUGCUCAUGUUGAAUAAAGCUGGGGGCAAAAAGCAGCACAAUCCAUUAGCAAGUAGAGUAAUCACAUCCGAUGGAAAGAUUGUUCUCAAAGCAGCACCAGACAGGUCCGAACCCGCCGUAGACACAACUUACUCGGGCGCCGGUGAUUCUAAAGACGCGUGCUCCUGCCAAGCCAAGACAUGGAACGAACCGUCCGAUGACAGUUCCACUCCGUCCACUUGUAUUCUAUUCUCCGAAGAGAGGCCAGAUUGCAAAGCUAAGUCGGACAUGACAGACCUUGUAAGCGAUAAACUAGUCAAAUCAGUAGAUUUCACCAAUAAAACGUCACGUUCGAAAAGUAGAUGUACAGAUUUUAGCAAGUCGCUCAGUAGAAAGUCGGAUUUGAGUAGAUUCACUGAGGUGAGUAAGUCUGACGUCACUAGCAAGCGAGAGGUAUGCAAGAACGUCGUGAAGAAGAGCGAGAUCUCUUGCGAUCUCAAGUUUGACUACGACGACGGAGAUGAUGAAGAUGAGACAAAUCGCCUCAUACAGCUACGGAACGCGGACUAUAUGGACAUAGUCGAGGAGGACAUGAAAAUUGUCAUUGCGCUUGCCGGGUACCCCAAAUCGAAGAUGCGACUCAAGCAAAUGGAAAUUUUUCAGCGAUCGAUAAACGAUAUCAUGGAUAUGCAAUUCAAAUCUGGGCUCUUGAAAAAGACGCCGACAUUCCUAGACUACUACCUCAAUAGAGGCGCGAUAAUCUGCAUAUGCAAGGAUAUCGAGACGAGGGAUUGGAUGGUUCGCGUCUCGCCAGGCUUGCAGGAGCGCAUGUCCAAUAACUUGUUGCUGCUCAAGGCUAAAAUUAAACGGCUGUGCGUCGCUGUUAUGAAGAUCCCGCAGAGAUGCUGGCCGUCUAGCGCUCAGGACGCGUUUAAACUUUUGCAGUACUUCAAUCCCACCCUCAACACCCAUCUGUGGAAAAUAUACGCGCAAAAGAUCGUCGAUAACGUUGAGUGUACAUCUUUUCUAAUCGACAGGAUAUCCGGGGAAAUUAUCCGAGGUCCCACAUUCAAAAAUGUCAUAGACUACACUCAAAUGGAUUUCGAGGUUACUGGUUUCACAGAAAUAUAUUAUGAUUGCUUUCUAUCAGAUAUGGAAGACGAACUACACAGUGUUGCUUCUAGAGUCAAACUAUUAGAAGAUAUACGCUCUUGUGAAAACACACCCAGGGUAGCACAAGAAUCGAAUGAAAUGUCAGCCGAAACAGAAAAGAGCGACAAGAGUGAUAAUUCGGGAGCACGUGACACAAUUAAUGAAAGGGUAGACUCCGCGACAGGUAUGGAGGCUGAUGGCAAAGGGGAACCCAAAGAAAUAGAAAAAGAAAUAAACAGAAUAGAAGAACCCUGGUUUCAAUGUGAACCGAGUAUCGAAGACCCGCAAUCUAAGAAUCGGGAAGAUAAUAUAGAAAGUUAUGAACCAACAUCUGCGGCUAUGUCAGACAAGACAGAAUCGGUAUUCGCUAGCAGUGACAAUUUAGUUAUCAGUAGGAAUAAUUUGAACAUAGAUAGCAAUAGAGGUAUAGCGUAUCACAGGCGCACUAAUUAUCUACACGUAGAGAACGAACUCAAAAUUGCUAUAACUUUAGAAGGUUAUCCUCAGGAGAAACUUGAAGGCAACCAUAUACGACGUUUUAAACAUUUGCUAAAGGAGUACAUUCACAAAGAUAUGAAGAUCCACAGGUUUGAUAAUAUGAUUAUACCGAAAUUCCAAGAUGUCUACCUCUCGAAUGGAGCGGUUAUUUACAUCUGUGAUAGUUUAGAGACAAAGGAUUAUCUGAACGAAUCCUUACCGAAGUUUAUGAAUUCUACAGGACUCAAACUCACCUUUAGGGAAGUACAGAACUUGCUUAGGUAUACGCGGUUGGUGAUGCGGUUGUCUAAAGAGCUUGCGAAUGUGGAAUCCAUAGAGAUUCUUUUGCAUUUGAAGAACCGGUAUCCGAAAUUGAAACCAGACUGCUGGAAGUAUUAUUCCGAUAUCGCCGGUAAGCAGAAACGUCAGUUCGGCGUCGACCCUGAAUCCUUGGAAGUGAUAAAAAGCCCGGAUUUCGAUCCCACUUAUGAAGGUGAAACGUUAGUAUUUCGGAUCAUAGAUAGACAGAAACGGUGUACAAGUGAAGACCCAAGCACGAAGGAGAAUGAAGAUCCAGACGGAGUAAGAAAGAAGUUAAGGGAAGCUGUGGUUAAAAGCUUAUACUGUCCCAUAGAAGCGGAUAUGGCGAAUCUAUCUUUGACGCGUAUAAGAGCAAACCACUAUUCAGAUUUAGUCCCGGACGAUCUAAAACUAUACGUCAGCCCGACUGACUAUCCGGAAAUGAGAAUCGACGAUGUCAUAUUCCACUCUAUAAAGCGUAGUUUCGAGGAGAUUUUAGUAGAUAAUGGACAGUCCGAAUUCGAUUAUCCGAAAAUUCACGACAUCUACCUAUUCGAUGGCGUGAUAUUUUUAAUAUGUAAGGAUCUGCUCUCGAGGCAGUGGAUAGUGGAAUCUUUACAAGCUGUUGAUAAAAGAGUAAACGUUAAUCUGAAGGCGACGGAAUUCCGCGGUGCAGUCGGAAUUGUCAGCUUUUUUCUAAACACAGACAGAGACGCAGAUGACGUGAUUGCCCAUCUUCAAGCACAGAACCCUAGAUUGCGAACGAAAUAUUGGCGCAAGAUAACCGUCUCCCGGGACCGUGGAACGCUAGACGUUGUAUUGCAGAUAGAUAAGCUAUCCGCUCAAGUCAUUAUGGAUAAGAAUUUCAAAGGCACAAUCGAUGACAGCAUAGUCAGCUUUAAAUUGGGACAUUUGAAAUCGCUGAUAACGAGAAAGCUAUGUUCGGCUACGACACCCAGUAUCAAAUCAGGUACCAGCAAUUACAGGCUAUCCCCAGAGAGGAACCGGAGUCCAGAUCUCAUGGAAGAAGCGGAAACCAAAAGGAUAAAUACUCACGAAUCCGAAGUUUUCUUCCUUACACACGUGAACGUCAAAUCUGAUUCAGAUAAAUCGACAUACACGAUCCCGAAGGCCAGCAAGCACAGCUAUUGCAAGAUGAAUCUCAAACUACCUCCAAAUUUAUUACCGGACAAAGACGGUGUUGAUAUGAUUUUUGACCUACUACAAGAUAAGAAUCCGGGUUUGAACACUGAGCUGUGGAAGAUAAACAGCGCGCGGCACAGUAAAGGUUCGUUCAGUGUAUUGAUAGAUAAGCAGUCUGCUGCAGUGAUUAAGAGUAAGGAAUUCAAUCCAAGCUUAAAAGUACCAGAACUACAGCGCUACAGGAAGCGGUGUCUCGCGUGCGGGGAGCGGGGGGAGUACUACUGCGCGGGGUGCGGAGUGGCGCCGUACUGCAGCCCGCAGUGUCAGAGGCAAGAUUGGGUCGCGCGACACAAGAGCGUAUGUCACAACUUGUCCAGAUUAUCAGAAGGCUUGGAAAUCAAUACACAGAACAAACAAGAUAAUAGCGUAGUGGCGGAUACGUCAUUCCGUCCCCGCAAACACUUACGUCCGAAAUAUCAGGACAACGGCGAAACAUCCAGUGAACCGUCCGAGGGGAUGGACAAGCAUUAUUGUGAGAAGAAAACUAAGUCAAGCGCCAACAGACGCAACUUUUCACCUAAAAACGCAAAUCUACGUCGGCCUAACGUUCUUGAUGUCAAGGUGGACAAAGACAGUGGUAAUAUCAAAGCAGAAAGCACCAAAUCUAACGAAAUCGCACAGACAAAGAUUGGGGACGAACGACAAUUAGACAAGAAGGAGUCGCUUGUCGAUUCCGCGAAUGAAAGAUCUGGGAAUGAAAAUCCCGGUCUUCGACCUCCGGUUGGAACCACGAAUCGAAAUGAAGUGACCAGACCAGCUGUUAUGUAUAGAAAGAAGGAGAUCAUUGGUAAGAAGACGGAACCGCCGACUAAUAUAAUGUUACGCUCUCCAACUAGAAGUGACCGGGACAAGAGUCUAACGGGUUCGCAUCCUAACUUGACUAGUGGAUCCGAUUUAAAUCAAGACUCCUCCACUUCCCAUAGAGUAGCGACGCGUAAUAAGAGGAAAUAUCCUAAUGAUGAUACAAGUGUAAAAGAUGAACUUUUCGACAUUAAGAAGCAACUAUCAGCUAUGAUGGAAAUGUUAUCAGUACAAAACGUAAAUCAAAAAGAAUUUAUGGAUAAAGUAUCAGGAGAUAUUAAUGAUAUUAAAAACGAAAUAACGCUAAUAAAAGGUAUAAGUCAAACAUUAACUGAAAAAUGUCACUUGCUUAGCUCUGAGAUGACCUCCCUUAAAACAAAAACCUCUGAGAACGAGGCGAAAAUUGAAAGCUUAGAGGUAAAUAUUGGGAAGCUGAGUACUCCGACAAACUUGCCACUUGAAUCUAUACUAGGUGAGUUGAAUGAAAGACAAGAAAGAAGUAGAAAUGUAAUAAUCUGUGGUAUAUCUGAUGCGCAAUAUGAAAAUAAGGAAGAAAAAAUAGCAGCAGACACAAAGGAAAUACUACGUAUAACAAAAAAAAUAAUUCCGCAAUGCCCAGAACCUAACUAUAUUAUGAGGCUUGGAAAAUUUAACCCUGAAAAAAGGCGCCCAGUUAAAGUGUCGUAUGACUCUAAAGAUCUUGUAAAGGAAUUGCUGCGCAAUAAAAACGCUGUCUCUUCAGAACAAAUAAAAUUAUUUUCUGACAAAACACCUAAGCAACAGGAGCAAAUAAAAGAAUUAAAAAUAGAAUUAGAACGUCGUAUUAAUAAUGGAGAGAAAGACCUUAUUAUAAAAUACCCAGUGCUCCACUACAAUUGUAUGAGGCCCAUUUUGGCACCUCGUAUGCCUAAUAUAUACAGGGGGUUCUCUUUGAGAACUGCAGUUUCAGCACCGAGAAGUACAGUCGCGUCGAACGAGCGUUCAACGAUUCGUCCAACUAAGGAAGUACAGCAGGAGAAAGUACCUAUACCAGCUUCGAUACCGACGAUUGAAAUUCUACCGAAGUUAUCCAUAGUAAGUACGUUCUCGAUUGGCGAUAAUCUACUGUUAAGCGUCGACGCGGAGGCUGAGAACUGUCACACGAAGCAAAAAGGCUUUAUCUGUCUCGCUGUGAACCAUGCUAGUGAGGAGAAGUACAGUCUGCUGUGCGGAGACUAUUGUGCCGAAUGCAAGGCUAAUGAUAAGGCGUUCGUGCCAAAACCCGGCGACCUAUUCUCCUACAAUAACCCCGAGGACGAAGACAGCUGGUACAGAGCAAGAUGCCUCAACUCCACGACAGCCGCGCUGAUAGACGCUUGUCAAAUAGUCAAGCUCACAGAAGGCGUGUGCAGGAAAGUGCCCGCAAAGUAUCAGGAUAUACCAGAAUUCUGCUGCGUACUGGACGCUGGCAAUAUCGAGGUCGGAGACAACCUUUCAGCGACAAUAAUAGCCAAAGAAUCGUGUGAAUCGGCGCGCGUGGAUCUACAAAAAGCGGAAACUGGGGUUAAGGUGGGGCAAGGAACCAUCACGAGGUGGUCGCCAGAUAUUGAGCUGCCCUUACCAGCUGUUGCGACUAGGAGCGCUUUUGCCAUACCGCAAGUUUUGAGACCGCCUCUCAUCAACAAUUCGCUUGUGGUACUAGUGGAAGCGGUACAUUUGGACGCCAUUUACGUGCGGCCGGCCGACAGAGAAGCGACGCGCCGUUACAACGAGGCGUUGCAAGAAGCUAUUAUGUGCUGUCAUGGCGGAACGCCCCUAAAGGAGCCUCCAGCGAGUGGUCAGAUGGUGAUCGCGAAGUUCACAGACGGCAACCAUUACAGAGCGCUUGUGACACGCACGAAUGUUAGACAGAACGUGUAUCUCUUGGAAUACGUUGAUUUCGGUAACGUUGACACAAAUACCCUGCAAAACAUGUACCCUUGCCCAGAUCAACUCAGUAUUGAGUGCCAACCCACCGUGGUCUCCAAGGUGAAGAUUGUCUCCGAACAUCCAACUCUAAGUGAACCAGCUAAACAGUAUAUCGAGUGGAUCAGGGACGGAGAAGUGGAAAUGGUGUUGACGUUGCCAGAUGGCGCUAAAACCGCGCCCAGCGGCAGCGAAGCCGUUCUCACCCUGGAGAAGAACAAAGAGAAUUUCAAUAAGAAAGUGGUGGAGAUGUGCACGCCCGGGUGGAAGUUGAUAGAGAAGAGUGGAACUGAUGUUGUUGAAUUGCAGCCAGUGAUGUUCAACGACAUGAAAUUUGUGGGCAUUCCAUCGUCUAGAUGCGAGUUAGUGGUGCUGGAUGUGAGCGGUCUGGAGAUUGGAAUGCUGGGGGGGUAUCCUAAGGGGGAGGCAAGCGCUUCGUAUAUACUCGAGCAGCUGCCGGACCAGUUGGCAGAGUACUGCAACAGCGAUUUGGGUCGAGAGCCGUAUUUGCCUGUAGUUGACGAGAUGUGCAUUGCGCAGUGUCCGCCAGAUGAGUCUUGGUACCGCGCGGUACUCUGCGAACAAAAGAUGGGUGCUGGUGGCACAGAAGCCCAAGUUUACUAUAUUGACUACGGGAACCUGGCCACGGUGCCUGUAAAGAUUUUGAGGAAAAUGCUCCCGGAUUUCGUCAAGGGUGUGCCUGCAUUGGCCUCGCAUGUACAAAUACGAGGCUUCCCCGAGAAACCCACAGUUGAUCAAUUAAAGCGAGCCAUUGCCUAUCUUAAUUUGGACGAACAAUGCAGAGGUCUACUCUCUAUAACCAAUUGCAAGAAGACUGACAACGCAGAUUACGAAGCUGACGCGCCUGGACUACUCGCGGCCAUGGGGGUUUAA